AUGUCCCGUUUCUUCGCAACAACAUACGAAUACGAUAGUGAUACUUCAUCUUCUGAAUCCGACUUAUUGUCCUCUUCUGAAGAAGAACUACUAAGUUCCUCCGGUGAAGAAUCUGAUGACUCCCUUUUCAAUGACGAUUCCGAAGUUUCAGAUUCUGAUGUCGACUCUGAUGAUUCUGAUAGUAAACCUUAUGGUCCAGAUUGGUUCAAGAAAUCUGAAUUUAGAAAGAGUGGUGGUGGUUCCGGUGGUAACAAGUUCCUGAAAGGUGCCAAUUAUUCCGAUUCUGAAGGUUCUGAAUCUGAUGAUGAAGGUAAGAAAGUCGUUAAAUCUGCUAAGGAUAAAUUAUUAGAUGAAAUGCAAACUGUUUUUGAUAAGAUUGAAACAGCUGAAAUGUCUGACGAUUGGAUUUCUAUCCUAAAUGAAUUCGAUAAUAUUACUCGUCUAUUAGUUAGAGCUCAACAACAAAACUGGGGUACUCCAAACAUUUUCAUUAAAGUGGUUGCUCAAGUUGAAGAUUUAGUUAACUCUACUUCUCAAACUGAUAUUAAGAAGAAGGAUGUCUCUAGAGCUUACAACACUACAAAACAAAGAGUUAGAAAAGUUGCUAAGGAAAAUGAAGCCUCUAUGGCACAAUUUAGAGAAAAUCCAGAUGAAUUUGACAAGGAACCAACUAUUGACCUAGAAUCUUCUGAACCAGCUAUGGAUAUUGAUGCUCAAUUUGCAGCUAACAAAUCUGUUAAUCUUUCCUCUUUGGCUGCUGCCUCUUCUGAAGUUAGCUUUUUCACUUCCCUACGUAUCGUUAUUGAUUCUAGAGGUAAGAAGAAUGUUAAUUCUCAAGAUAUGAUUAAGAUUAUGGAAGAUUUAUUGGUUUCCAAUGCCAGUCCAUAUGAAUUGAUUAUGGCUUAUUUAACUUUGAUUCCAAUUAGAAUGGAAGCUACCAACAACUUGUCUUACCAACCAAUCGACCAAUGGAAGGCUGCUUACAAUGAUUACAUGGCUCUAUUAAAACUUCUAGAGGAUAAUAUUGCUACCUACCGUGUUUCAGAAUUGGCUACUUUCAAUGAAAAUAUUGAAACUGAACCAGUUGCUGAUGCUCAAGGUGUCAAGAACAUCUUGGGUUCUCUAUUCGCUUUUGUUGAAAGAUUGGAUGAUGAGUUCACCAAGUCUCUAUUGAACUUGGAUCCACAUUCUAGUGAAUAUCUAUUGCGUUUAAAGGACGAACAAUUAAUCUACAACAUGAUCUUAAAGACUCAACUAUACUUAGAACAAACUUUACCUGCCGAAAAGAAGGAAGCUUUGUUAGCCCGUGUCUUUGUUAAGAGAUUGGAUCACAUCUAUUACAAGUCUGAUAAAUUGAACAUCAUCAUUGAAACUAACGCUUGGAAAUCUGUUCCUCAAGGUUCCAAAUCUGAUUAUAUCUCCAUUCCUGAAACUAUUGACGGAAAAUACAUAUCCACUUUGGUAAACUCUUUGUGUGACAUUCUGAUUAAACAAGAAGACUCUUUCUUACGUACACGUGCUAUUCUAUACUGCGUUUUCUUUACUGCAUCAAAUGGUGAUUUCCACGCUGCCAAGGAGAUGCUACUUUCUUCCAAGGUCCAAUCUAACAUUAGUAAGAGUAACUCUUCUUUACAAGUCUUAUUCAACCGUGUUGUUGUCCAACUUGGUCUAUCUGCUUUCCAAGCUUGCUUGAUUGAAGAAUGUCACCAAGUUCUAAAUGAAUUGUUGGCUAGUGCUCAUUUGAAGGAAAUCUUGGGUCAACAACCUCUACAAAGAAUUAACUCUAACGUUGAAAACCGUGAAGAACAGUGUAUUCCAUAUCAUCAACAUAUCAACCUAGAUUUGAUCGAUGUUGUCUUCAUGACAUGUUCUCUAUUGAUUGAGAUUCCACAAAUGACAGCAUUCUACUCUGGUAUUAGAAUCAAGAGACUACCAUAUUCCCAAAAAUCUAUCCGUCGUGUUCUAGAACACCACGAUAAAUCCAGUUUCCAAGGUCCACCAGAAACCUCUAGGGAUUUCGUCCUUUAUGCUGCCAAAUCUAUGCAAAAGGGUAAUUGGGAAGCUUCAAUUGCUUAUCUAAAGAAUAUAAAAUCAUGGAACAUGCUACCAAACAAGGAUGUUGUCAUGGAAAACUUGGUUGAGAGAAUUAAGGUUGAAUCUGUGAAAUCUUACUUAUACACAUACAAGAGAUUCUACUCCAAGUUCUGCAUAAAACAAUUGGCAGAUGUCUUCAAUUUGGAUGCUGCUAAGGUUGUUGAAAUUUUGGAAGCUGUCAUUGCCGAAUUUGAGAUUAAUUUCAAAUUGAACGAUGAUAAGACUAUGUUAGUUGUUGAAAGUGGUGAUGAGAUCACCAAGUUAGAAGAAGUUGCUUUAAGAUUAAACAAAGAAUACAAGAUCACUAAAGAACGUUUGUUCCCAUCCCGUCGUCGUUAA